AGUAGGCUUCUUGAUUGGGACAAUGUGCCGGACCGGGUCUGGUCCGUUCUUAAUGGCCUGAUGGUCUAUCAAUACCAGGCAGGUAACGCCGACAAGAGGUGAAUGAUUGUGCAUGCAUACAGCGCCGUCUGAGCGAUGAGAAGAAGACCGACAGACAGGGAAUAAUGACAUCCUGAUUUGUUAAAGUUUUCCCAUUACUGAAUCUGUGUGUGACCUGGGAGAUGGAGAGACAGGGCCCAGGAGAAAAGCAGGCAGACACUAAUAGGACUGUAGCCACCACCACCCCCAUCACAUCAGCUGCCGUCACCAUGGCAACAGUCAACUCCGGCAGCACCACGUGCACCCAGGCACCCUCUACUUCCCUCAGCAUCAUCUCACCCGACAGACAGGCAGUCCAGGUGAUCCAGCACGCCAUCCACAGACCUCAGAGCAUGGCGGCCCAGUACCUGCACCAGAUGUACGCCGCCCAGCAGCAGCACCAGCUCAUGCUGCAGACAGCCGCCCUGCAGCAGCACCAGCACAACCCUCAUCUGCAGAGUCUGGCCACCAUACAUAAGGCUUCAGUCUGUCAGCGGCAGUCACCUUCGUCAUCCAGUGGCAGUUUGGUUCAUCAGCCUGCUGGUGUUUCCCAAAACUCAAUUACUUUGCCAGCAUCUCCAGUGACAGCUCACCUGAUUGGCCGAACCCAAACAUCCACUGGUGCUGCAACUACUAUAUCCCAGCAGGCCAUGCUCCUGGGAAACAGACCGGCCAACUGUAACCAAGCUCAGAUGUACCUUCGCACUCAGAUGCUUAUUCUAACCCCUGCAGCCACGGUGGCUGCAGUUCAAUCAGAGCUCCCUGCGGUCACCUCCUGCUCCUCUUUACCUACCUCCUCUCAGGUGCAGAAUCUCGCUCUACGUGCCCGCUUGCCUGGAUCUUUGGCCACAGCCCACAGUGUGAUUUUAAAGCCAUCUGCCCAGCCGCAAGCCGUUACUCCGGCCACCUCUUUAUCCAAGACAUCAAUCUGCGGGCUGAAAACCAGCCAGCUGACUGACACCUCAACAGAAACAGGACCGGCGGAUGUCACCCGGCUGGCCUCGGGCCCCCAGAUUAUAACCCCAGCCUACUCUCCGGUGCAGACCCACACUCUGGUCAAGCAGCAGCUGUCCUGUCUGCCAGGCCAGCGGGUGGCACACCACCAGCUCAUCCUCCAGCAGGCUACAGGAGGAGCUCCAAACCACAGACAGCUCCAGCCCAUCGCUCUCAGAGUAGCACCUCAAGAAACCAACUCCAGCCCUCUUUCUCUUUCAGUUAAAAGACUGACCACCCCCAGCACCCAAUCACACACCAACAACAACCCCCAAGGCCCUUCUUCUUCUUCUUCUUCUACGUCUGUCCCCAGCGUGUUUGCAUCCUCAGCUCAGACCUCAAUCCCAGCUGCCACCGUUCAACCUCAGCCUCCUCCUCUGGUGGCCGCUCCGCAGCGCCGGACCUCAUUCCCACAAGUGCAGAACCAGCCUCCACCACCUCCUCCGCCUCUGGUUCUCCCCAGGCUGCCCCAGAACCCCCCAGCUUCCCUCCAGAGGCUGUCCCUGCACUCGGUCCAGGCUUUGGCCGUCCAUUCGGGACAUAUGUUGCUGACAGAGCAGGAGCUGCCUGUAGCGGAGGCCCUGGUCCAGGUGCCCUACCAGAACCUCCCACCUCCUCAGACGGUGGCUGUUAAUCUUAAAGUGCAUCGAGUCAGAGACAAUGAAACUCCAUCCUUGGGACAAACGUGCAAAGUGAAUGGAUUGAGCUCAGAGGAGAGGAAAGAUGAAUGUUCUCCCAGUCCACAGCAGGACAGGACCCUGACACCUCUCAUUGGGCCUCCUAAGCAGAAUGGUGCAGUGAUGGGUUCAUCCUCCAUCAUAUCCAGUCGCCCAGUGAUCAGGUCACCAGUGGUGGAAGAACCCUCCCAGCUCACCACCACCAGCAGCAACCCUCCUCCUCUACCUCCUCCCGUCCUGCCAGCAGCAGUGAGAGGCCCCACCCAGCCCCCCUACUCCCCAACAAGCGUCCCAGAGAGCCCUGAAAGGAUACUCACAACCCACGUCCUUACACACCUUAUAGAGGGCUUCGUCAUCCGAGAGGGCCUGGAGCCAUUCCCGGUGGUCUCCUCUUCGCUGUUAGCAGACCAGCAGGCUUCACUGCCUGAAUCCCAGGAGAUACAAACCAACGGGGAUUCAGCAGCAGAGGACAGUCCGCUGGAUGCUGACCAGAUGGAUUCAACAGAUUCAGAGAUGGAAGACGAUGGCCCUGCAGCAGACGGUGAAGUUGCAGAGCUGGGCGAGAGUGCGGCAGGUGUGCUGCAGUGUGAGUUCUGUGGGAGCCAAGGUUACGCUCACACGUUCCUGCGCUCCAAACGCUUCUGCUCCAUGACAUGUGUCAGAAGGUUUAGUGUGAGCCGCACCAAGCGUGUCACUGUGCUGAGAGCAGGCCGCUGGGGUCACAGGCCCAUGGGCAGGAGAGGACGACCCCCCAGCAGGAGAGUCAAUGGAGCCUAUAGAGAACAUUUUCUGAGACAGGCACGUGGGUCGUUUGGCUCAGAAGAGAGCCGGCAAAGCUCACUGAUAGAGGAGGAAGAGCAGGAGGAAGAAGAGGAGGACGAGCCUCCCAUUCCCAUGACAACCAGGCUCCGUAAACAGGCCGAGAGAGCGCGAGAGAGGGAGAGAGAGCAGGAGCAGAGGAUGACAGAAACAAUCAGUGUUUCUGACGGAGAAGACGACGUCGGCUGUCCGUCUCAGUGGAACGUAGAGCAAGUGUUUUCUUAUAUCAACUCCCUACCAGGUGGUCAGGAUGUAGCCGAGGAGUUUCGCUCCCAGGAAAUAGAUGGACAGGCUCUGCUGCUUCUAACUGAGGAGCACAUGGUCAGCACCAUGAACCUUAAACUGGGGCCUGCACUGAAACUGUGUGCCCACAUUAAUUCUCUGAAAGAUGCAUAAACACAUUAACAUUCCUACUCUCCAAGAAUAGAUGUGUGUUGAUCUGGACCAGGGUGAAGAAAAACAGGAUGGCGUUCUUUUUAACAAGGAACAAGGAAGCACUACGCAUUUUUAACUUUUCCUAAGUUCGGACUUAUACAAAGACAGUUAAACCGUUUCCUGAGACCACUGCCAAGGAUUUCCUUCCUGAGUGAAGUCCACACACUGUUACAGCUGAUUUGAACAUAAAGAUGAGCAGUUCUUUCUAUCUCUUCUCGUCAUCCAAUUGUAGUGAUUGUAGCAGUUUGGCUCCAGUUAUCCAUUUGUUUCAAAAUGGUAAAUCGAAAGUGCUUUGUAUUAUUUGUAAACAAAGAAAACAACUUUACCUUAUUACACAUAAAGUUAAAGGAUGCUGCACAAUCUCAAAGUUUACAAAACAGAUGUAAUUUGAUAAAUUUAUCAUCAGCGAAUUAAUGACCUAUGGAACCAAACUGAU